AUGGAAGUCGAGAGCAACCAGGAGUCCGCCGUCGCCACCGAUUCGCCGGCCGGAGUUAUGGCCAGCUGCAAUGGUACUCCGAUUUGUUAUUUCAGGCGGAGGUUUCGGUUAACAAACUCGGAGUCCCUUUCCGAAGAUUUGCUAUUCAACGUUCUCGUUCGUCUCCCGGCUCAGAAUAUCCACGACUCGGCUCGGCUCGUUUGCCGCAGGUGGGCCCAGCUGACCCGCUCUCGUGACUUCACACGCGCGCACCUCCGCCACGCGGGCACUGGGCUCCUUUUACAAAGCAAGUCUUCAGUUCAGGAUUUGAUUUUUAUCUCCGGUGGGCUGGGCCGGGCCGAGACUUCCCGGUUGCGCCACGAAUCGGGCCUGGUUGUGUGGGCCAGCUCUCACGGCCUGGUUUUGGCGCCUUCACCUUCCGAUUCACAUACUCUCCGCAUCGUGAAUCCCGGAACAACCGAGUAUCUCGAUCUCCCUCCGGUUUUCCGAGUGGGAAGAUAUUACCAGCACAGUCUUUGUUUGAUGUAUGUGGGGGCCACGAACGAGUACAAAGUGGUGCAAGUCCAAUUCACGAUGGGCGUACGUGGCGGCGCGGAUACCUAUGAGUACGCCGUGUUGACUGUAGGGUCCGACACCUCGUGGAGGCUCGUAGGCACGGAGGACCGUCUUUCUCGUGAGACGAUGGCUCUGUUGUCGAUUAGUGGUAGCCCGUUGAUGACCGAUGGUUUCCUGCACUGGGUCCCGUAUGGUGGCGGGUCUACUAUUUUGACACUUGAUGCGGAAACCGAGGUUAUGACCGAGUCGAGGCUUCCCGUGCCUUUAGGUCGUGAGGGGAAGAGCGAGUUUUUAUUGUCGGGAGGGAAGUAUUUGACGCUUGUGGUGAAAAAGCUCGGGGGGAGUUUCUCAUGGGACGUGUGGGAGAUGAGUCCUGAGACGCGGGUGUGGAGAAAGACGGUUAGCAUCGAUUUGGACGAAGAUGAGAGGUUAAAAGAGUUUAUUCGGGACCGUGAUGGAAUUCGGUUUUUUCCAGAAGAUGUGUUAGAAGAGUUUAUGCGGGACCGUGAUGCAAAUGCUGUUCGGUUUUUUCCAGUCGGUUGGCUAAACUAUCCGGAGGUUUUGGUGUUUGCUCCGAGUAGAGCUGGAUAUUGCAUGUUGUAUUGGGUUCGUACGCGUGAGAUUGAGUCGAUUGGUCUGCCUAGGGCUGCUGCAAGCUAUGAGUAUAUGGUCCAUCAGAGUGGAUUGGUGUCACCCACAGGAUGUUGA